GAUUUUUUAGAUUAAGAUGUCUUUUCAAUCACCGAUGCCAAGCAGAGAGUUCUUGUGGGAUAUAUUUAGAAGAGUGGAUAAAGACCGCAGCGGUUACAUUUCCUCUGAUGAAUUACAACAAGCAUUAUCUAAUGGCACAUGGAAUCCAUUCAACCCAGAAACAGUCCGACUUAUGAUUGGCAUGUUUGACAAGCAAAACAGAGGAGUUAUAUCAUUUGAAGACUUUGGAGCAUUAUGGAAAUAUGUGACUGAUUGGCAGAAUUGUUUCCGUUCAUUUGACAGAGAUAAUUCUGGAAAUAUAGAUAAGCAAGAACUAAAGAAUGCGCUCACUGCAUUCGGAUACAGACUAUCUGAUGAAGUUGUGACUAUAAUGGUACAGAAGUUUGAUAGAUUUGGGCGUGGCACUAUUUUGUUUGAUGACUUCAUCCAAUGCUGCGUCACAUUAUAUACUCUUACAUCGGCAUUCCGUCAGUUUGAUACAGAUCAAGAUGGAGUUAUAACUAUCCACUACGAGCAAUUCCUCAAAAUGGUGUUUGGCCUUAAGGUAUAAUUGCUUUAAUGUCUUGGAGAGAAACGGCUUCUUUGCCUUCGCUUGAUAAAGAAUUAAAGUUCAUAUUUAAAUGCGAAUAUAUUAUAAAGUACAUAUGCGCAAAUGUAUAAAUCAAUGUUUAAGGCUUUAAGGUCGAUGUGAAAUUAAGAAAUAUUGCUCCUAAGAGAGCUUUCAUGUAAUGGAAUGCUUUAUGUUAUGUUUGUUUGUUAAUCUUGAUGUUUAAAAA